AUGCUGGGGCCAAUUUUCUUCUUUGGAAUAAGCAUUCUGCUUAUCUCCUACCUCAUACUAUAUCCGGUGGUAGAAUAUUUUCGUGACCCCAAAGGUCUCAGAAAAUAUCCCAACUUGAAUACCUUCUCAGGCCUCACCAAUCUCAGUUUCAUUUACGAAGCGCACCAGGGCUUCCGAUCAAAAAAGCUUCUUCAAGCGCACCAAAAUGCUCCGGUAAUCCGCAUAGGUCCAAACUCACUCUCAUAUGGGGACCCUAAGGCAAUCAAGGAUAUCUAUGGGCAUGGUACACCAUGCGAUAAAGACCGCUUCUAUUCAGUUCUUGCAGGAUCGCACUAUCAUCUGGCCGACGUGAUAGAUAAGCCCGAUCACGCUCGUAAACGUAAGAUUCUGUCUUCCGCAUACGCCCUUAAGAACCUUGAAGGGUGGGAGCACAAGGUGGCCGAUAAAUGUGAGCGACUGGUUCGCGCAUUCGACACACGCUGCACUGGACCUCCUGGUGGGAGUGAAGAAAAGCUCAUAUCCUCCGAUGACCUCACCGUCGACUACCGCGCUUGGACUAACUUUUUCACAAUUGAUGCCAUUGCCGAUAUUGGUCUCUCCGAGCGGCUCGGUUUUCUAGAUGCUGGAAAUGAUAGCUGCAUGGCAGAGCGUAUGGAUGGCACGCUGUACACUGUCCCUUCGUAUCGUGCAAGUCUUCACGCCACAGCUCGGGCGCAAUCAAAUCUUGUAUGGGGCUAUGAUUGGUAUCCGAUGCUUGUGAAACUGAGCAAGAUUUUUUCGCGUCGAUUUCGUGAAUACUGGCGGCUGAACGAAGGUUGGAAUGAUAUUGUCUGGCACCGAACAUGCAAACGUCUCCGUCGGUAUCAGGCAGGCGAGCCACUCGACGAUUUCUUCGCUAGCUUGAUGGAGAAUAAGUCAGGCCAUAUGAACAUGAUGGAGUUCGGCGAGAUCAUGGCUGAGGUAUCAAUCAUGAUGAAUGCUGGCUCUGAUACAACCGCUCUAGCGAUGAAUAAUGUCAUGUUUCUUCUACUCAAGAACCCGCGUUGUAUGGCAAAAUUGAGGGAAGAACUAGAUGCCGUUCUCGACCCGGAAGAUGUAGUUGCACCAUAUGACAAGAUUCGUUACCUACCUUAUCUACGUGCGUGCCUUGAUGAGGCGCUACGAAUUUAUCCGCCUACAACGUUCGGACUUCCGCGUCGCACACCUCCAGAUGGAGCUACAAUCAUGAAUGAUUAUGUGGCAGGGGAUACCACAGUAUCCAUCUCAGCAUAUGUGGCGCAUAGAAAUCCAUCCCUUUUUCCCGAUCCUGAAAGCUUCCAACCGGAGAGAUGGCUUGGUGAGAAGGGAAAGGAACUGCAGCCGUAUUUUAUCAGCUUCUCAGCAGGUGCGAGAGGAUGCAUAGGACGAAAUAUCAGCUACCUUGAACAGAGUGUGGUCCUCUCUACUGUAAUCCAUCGAUAUGAACUCGCAUUACUCAGUGUAGACUGGGAGCCAGCUCGAUGGGAAAGUUUCAAUCUGAUGUCUGGACCUAUGCCUGUCAAACUUUGGAAAAGAACUUUCGAGAGUGAAAAGUUGGUGACUUCUUGA